AUGACCAGGGAAGAAGGUUACAGAGAAGAAUUUAGCUAUGACAGGAUGCCAACUUUGGAGCGGGGAAAACAAGAGAAUGGAAAUUAUAUACCAGAUAUCAAAUCCAGUGACCUUCAGCUGUCAAAGAGGCUGCAUCCUUGCUUUAGUUACAAAACAUGGAUAUUUUCUUUGCUGAUGGGAACUUGCCUCCUUAUUACUUCUGGAUUUUCACUAUAUCUGGGAAAUAUUUUUCCAUCUGAAAUGGAUUAUUUACGUUGUGCAGCAGGUUCAUGUAUUCCUUCAGCAGUUGUGAGCUUUGCUAUAGCAAGGAAUAAAAUUAAUGUGAUACCAAAUUUUCAGAUUCUAUUUGUCUCUACAUUUGCUGUUACAACAACGUGUUUGAUUUGGUUUGGAUGCAAACUUGUCCUCAAUCCAUCAGCUAUAAAUAUAAAUUUCAACUUGAUUCUACUUAUUCUGCUGGAAAUCUUCAUGGCAACUACUGUGAUCAUUUCAGCUAGGUCUACUGAAGACUGCUGUACAAGGAAGAAAAAUACUGCAUAUGACAGUGCCAUUGUUUUGAGCAAUGUCAGCUUUCCUGCUCGAAUUCUGAAGUCAUACUCAGUAAUUGAGGUGAUUAUUGGAAUUUCAUCAGUAUUUGGUGGAAUAAUUGCUUUGAAUAUGGAUGUUCUAGUUUCAGGUCCAUACCUCUCAGUAACAUUCUUUUGGAUUUUAGUUGCUUGCUUUCCAAGUGCUAUUGCAAGUCAUGUAGCUGCUGAAUAUCCAAGUAAAUGUCUGGUUGAGGUGCUGAUUGCCAUUAGCAGUGUUACCUCUCCUUUGUUGUUCACUGCUUCUGCAUACUUAUCCUUCAGUAUCAUGCAAGUUGUUGACAUCUUUAAAAGUUAUCCACCUGCUGUUAAACAAUCUUAUGAUGUACUCCUGUUGCUUCUGAUGUUGAUGCUGCUAAUUCAGGCAUGCCUGACUAUUGGAACUGUUAUACAGUGUGUGAAUUACAAGACAAAAAUGAAACUACAAGAUUCAGCAUGGACACCAUCACAGGUUAAAAAACAGGAAUACAGAACAACAGAGGUUUCCAAUAAUACCUUAAAGGAUUUUGACAAAGAUAAAGCUUGGAAAGCAGUUGUGGUGCAGAUGGCUCAGUAG